AUGAAAACAAACUUGAGUCCACGUCUGUCUCUCACUGCCUCCGAUAUCACCAGUGAGAGCCCUGCAGGAGAAGAUGACACCAUUUGGCAUGGAGCUGCAUAUGUGGCUGGCCGAUGGCUCAAAAAAGUUGAAGGAAGAGAUCUAGUGGGCAUUGCAGGAGCUGUGACCCCAGCUGCUGCCCAACGCCAAAGAGGCUCCUUGGGAGCCCGCGGCCUCGGUUUGGCGGGUGGGAAUGCAACUCGCGGGAACGCUGCGGGCAACUCCCUGGGAGCUGACAACAGCGGAGAGACGGAGACGCGAAGCAGCGAGGGCAGCAUCGAAAGCCCUCCAGAGAGUCAGAGCGAGGUACAGAACUCUGUUCAGAAACCUCGUCCGUGCAACUGCGGAGGAAAGCGACAAAGGUAUUUGAAAGAGAAGGAGAGGGCCCCCAAUAGCGGCCUUGAGCGGCAGGGCGGGUAUGCGCUAAGGCACCUGCGCAGGCAGGUGGCCGCUGCAGCCGCGAAAGCCACCAUGAAUAAGGCGGCUGGGGGGGACGAGCUCGCAGAACUCUUCAGUCUGAUCCCGGACCUUCCGCAGGUGACCAACACUAGCGGCAACGCGUCGCUGCAGCUCCAGGACUUGUCGUGGGAGCUGGGGCUAGAGUUGCCGGCCGGCGCGGCGCCAGGGCAUCCCCCGGGCGGCGGCGAGGCAGAGAGCGCGGACACCGAGGCCCGGGUGAGGACCCUCAUCAGCGUGGUGUACUGGGUGCUUUGCGCGUUGGGGCUGACGGGCAACCUGCUGGUGCUCUACCUGAUGAAGAGUAAGCAGGGCUGGCGCCAGUCCUCCAUCAACCUCUUCGUCACCAACCUGGCGCUGACGGACUUUCAGUUCGUGCUCACCCUGCCCUUCUGGGCUGUGGAAAACUCCCUCGACUUCAGAUGGCCUUCUGGCAAGGCCACGUGUAAGAUCGUAUCCACAGUGACGUCCAUGAACAUGCACGCCAGCGUCUUCUUUCUCACCUCCAUGAGCGUGGCGCGCUCCUCGGUGGCCUUGGCUCUUAAGAGCCACCGGACCCGAGGGCACGGCCGGGGCGACUGCUGCGGCCGGAGCCUGGGGGACAGCUGCCGCUUCUCGGCCAAAGCACUGUGCGUGUUGAUCUGGGCCUCGGCCGCGCUGGCCUCGCUGCCCAAAGCCAUCUUCUCCACCACGAUCGAGGUGAUGGGCGAGGAGCUGUGCCUGGUGCGCUUCCCGGGCAAGUUGCUGGGCCGCGACAGGCAGUUCCGGCUGGGCCUCCACCACGUGCAGAAGGUGCUGCUGGGCUCCGUGCCGCCGCUGGGCGUCAUCAGCCUGUGCUAUCCGCUGCUGGUGCGCUUCACCUGCGACCACCGCGUGGCAGGGACCGAAGUGGGAGCCUCAGCAGCCGGGGGAGGCCUGGCCAGAGCCAGCGCCCGGAGACGCUCCAAGGCCACCAAAUCAGUGACCAUCGUGGGCCUAUCCUUCGUCCUGUGUUGGCUGCCUCAUCAGGCACUCGCCACCUGGAGCAUCCUCAUCGAGCUCAACGCGGUGCCCUUCAGCCAAGAGUACUUCCUGUGCCAGGUAUACGCGUUCCCGGUGAGCGGGUGCCUGGCGCACUCCAACAGCCGUCUCAACCCCAUCCUCUACUGCCUCGUGCGCCGCGAGUUCCGCAAAGCGCUCGAGAAUCUACUGUGGCGCCUCGCGUCGCCUUCUCUCGCUAGCAUGCGCCCUUUCGCCGCCGCCACCAAGCCGGAGCCCGAGGCCCAGGGCCGGCAGGCCCUGGCGCCUCUCCACCAGGCCGCGGAGCCCGACAUGCUCUACUAUCCGCCCGGCGUGGUGGUCUACAGCGGGGGGCGCUACGACCUGCUGCCCAACAGCUCCGCCUACUGACGCAGCCUGAGGCCCGGGGUACGCAGGAACUGCCAAGUGGCCUUCCCUCGGCGGAAAAGAGUAGAGCGGAUUAGGGGAUGCUGGGGGCCCCCGGAUCAAGAGGUAGGAGGGACGAGGAGAGAGAGAAGCACAAAAGAGCAGCCUAUGAAGUGGCCGGGGGACCUUGUCCGGAGAGGGGAGGCUGCGAACCCAGGUGGAGAGAGGAAGGUGGCAAAGUGGCCGAGACCAGCCUCAAUGGACCAAGCCACCAGCCUCCGUCCCCCUUGUCUCCACGCACACCCCUUCCUCUCCUUAUGCUGUCAACGCUGGGCAGUGUGGGGCGCCCAGAAGCGGAAAAAGGCAUCGGGAAUGUAAAGCAGCUCGGGGACAAGGAAGAGGGCCUCAGCCAAAUGGCGCGCAGACAACUGAGCGCACUUAUUCCAGCGACUCCCCCCACCCCCGCCCCGGCUCUUGAAAGGGUCCUCAAGGUGCAUCCAGUCGGGUGAGCCACUCACAAAACCUUUGCACCUUGGCUCUGGGACUGCUCGGGCGCGAAGGUCUGAUUUGCUGCUUGGCUGAGCGGAGAGCCUAGAGUAUGGGACCAAGAAACUUCUUCGGAGUUGGAAGAAAGGAGUGACAAUCUUGUUCCGCCCUCAGGAGAAAUGCACCGCGAGAGAGCGACCUCCCGUGGGGCGUAUGGUUUAUCACUUGGGAUGGGGAGAGCGGACACACGCGGAGCCCGACUGAGACCCUGCACGGCCUCUGCGCUCACAGGUCGCCGAGACCAAAACCCUCCGGCGUGCGUGUGAGAGCCCCUUCGCGGGGGAGUGGAGUCUCUGCGGGACGGAGCGGACGCAGUGUAGUUCGAGGGGCUGAAUAGAGAGACCUCUUCAGGCUACGACCCCUAAAGGAGAAAGGGGGGCUCUCUGGGUCCCCCAGCAGCGACUGCGCCGUGCGCUGGAAGCUGGGCGUCUGGGUUCCCCUGAGAGCCGUGUGGGUACCUGGAGACACUCCUUGCGUUCGGGGCUGCGCGCUGCAAGUGAGCUGUGCCCAGGAGCAACUUGAACAGGUCUGAGUAGACACGUUACUGGGACUGGGGACUCUUCUGCAGCCUCUCCCCCCUCACUCUUUGGGAAUCGGAAUGCCGGUUUGAUUGAGGCUCUGGACCAGCGAGUAGGGGGAUCGUUCGGCCGCGUUUUUCAUUGGCUUAGAUGGAAGAUUAAGAGAUGCCGUAGAAAUGUGAUUCCUGAAACCCGAA